CGGAAAACAAACUGCGUCUAAAACUUUUUUAUUGUAUCACCUGUAGUCUUGCUGUCUCUAUAUUUCCAUGCUGGCUGGGUUAUGGCCUUGAUGCGCAAUGGCAGCAUAUCCCAAACCCCUUCCGUCGGCCACCGGCGGCCUGUCGUUCUCUCGGUUUCCUUCCGACGAGAUCAGGAAGAUCUCAGUCAAGACCAUCCAUGUCACGCCGACAUUGGAUUCUAUGUUCAACCCCGUCCCAGGUGGUGUUCAUGAUCUGGCGCUCGGAGCUAUCCAGGCUUUGGAUGCAAACUGCACGACAUGUCGCAUGAAUGCGAUCCAUUGCUCUGGCCACUGCGGUCACAUCGAACUGCCAGUCCCCUGCUACCACCCUCAGUACCUCGACAUGACACUGCGCCUCCUGAGAUCGAAAUGUGCCUACUGUCAUCGCUUCAAAGCUGCGCCCAAUGUAAUCAACCAGACUGUCUGUGCCCUACGAUUGUUACAGUACGGCCUUGUUGAGGACUACCAGAGCAUUAGGGCCAUGCAUCUAGGCGGAAAGAGACACAGGAAAGCCACAGACGACGUUGUAGAGGACAUCUUGGAGGAUGACGCGGAGGAAGAGAUCGAAGAUCUUAUCGACAGGAGGACAUUGGCAACAGACAAGGCAAUCAAACGUGCGCGCAAGAGAGGGCAACUUGAUACACAGGCCCUCGUCCACAACCAUCUCGCUAUCGACGCCCGGAAAGCUGUCAUUACAGACUUUCUGAAAGAAGUUCCUCUGCUGAAAAAAUGUGCCAAUUGUGGUGGCACCAAUGUGACAUAUCGAAAAGACCGGAACGUCAAGAUUUUCAGAAAGCCCUUGGCACAGAGGCAGAAAGAGGCGAUGCGAGUCCUCAGCAUGAAGAUUCCUAACCCCUUGAUCUAUCUCCAGGCCGAGAGGAGACAGAAGGAGGAAACAAUAAAGAAGCCUCUGGCGAACGGAAUCCAUCAUGGUGACGUUGACAUGCAGGACGUCGAGGACACAGAUACCCACGGCGCCGAACAAGAGAUUGCAUUGCGCAAUGCACUGGAGACAACGGCUGAAUCAAAGAAUGCCGAACUCGAAGAUGAGGACGACCUUCAACAUUAUAUGACGCCAACCGAGGUCCGGGCUGCUCUCGUCCUUCUAUUCGAUCGAGAGCAAGAAGUGCUCAGGUUGCUGUACACAGCCCAGCCGACGCCUAAGCCAGUUGCUGUCUCACCGGACAUGUUCUUCAUGACAGCUGUUCUCGUUCCACCAAACAAGUACCGGCCUCUUGCCCGGCAAGGAGCUGACGAAAUGACCGAAGCACAGCAGAAUGGGCCUCUGAACAGAAUCAUCAAGGCUGCGAAUGAUGUACGACAUAUUCUUCGAGAGAUCAGAAGAUCUAGAACAGACAAGUCAGUCCGGCCUCGCACCCUAAAUGAAAGCAACCAAGCCGCGAUCGUACUCCAGGAGACUGUGAAUGCUCUGAUAGACUCUCCAAUAGGACCAACUGGAAAGCCCACAGAUCAAGGUAUCAAACAAAUCCUGGAGAAGAAGGAGGGUCUUUUUCGUAUGCACAUGAUGGGAAAACGUGUCAACUUCGCGGCCAGAAGUGUCAUCUCACCCGACCCCAGCAUUGAGACAAACGAGAUUGGCGUACCUCUCGUCUUUGCGAAGAAGUUGACAUAUCCGGAGCCGGUCACGAGCCACAACUUCGAAGAACUUAGCCGAGCGGUGAUCAAUGGGCCUGACAAGUACCCUGGGGCUUCCGCGGUCGAGAACGAGAACGGGCAGGUCCUAAGUCUCAAGCGCAAGGACUUGGAUCAACGAAGGGCCAUCGCUAAGCAGCUCAUGACCUCCAUUGUUCCCGGCUCAAAGGGUGAGAACGGGAAAAAGGUAUAUCGCCAUUUACAAACCGGUGAUGUGGUCAUUAUGAAUCGUCAACCCACUCUACACAAACCCUCCAUGAUGGGUCACCGUGCGCGUGUCUUGAGAAAUCAGAAGACGAUCCGCAUGCACUACGCGAAUUGUAAUACCUACAAUGCCGACUUCGAUGGCGACGAGAUGAACAUGCACUUUCCCCAAAACGAGCUUGCACGAACCGAAGCACUACAGAUCGCCGAUACGGAUCAUCAAUACUUGUCGUCGACAGCAGGGAAACCGUUGCGAGGUCUGAUUCAAGAUCACAUCUCCAUGGGUGUGCAGUUUACGAGCCGUGAUAUCUUCCUUGACAGGGAGCAAUACCAGCAAUUGCUCUAUAACUGUCUGAGACCGGAAGACUACAAUACCGUCUAUGAAAGAAUUCAGAUGGUGGAACCUGCCGUUCUGAAGCCUAAGAUGCUGUGGACCGGCAAACAGGUGAUCACGACUGUGCUCAAGAACAUCGUCCCAGACAGAUUCCGCGGCAUCAACCUUACCAGCAAAUCUUCCACAUCCUCAGACUCGUGGGGUGAGAAAACCACAAACGAUCCGUCAAAAUGGGAUGUCACCCGAGACAUUGUGGCUUUCCGUGAUACCGAGCAGAUUGUGAUUUUCCGAGAUGGAGAACAUUUGUCUGGUAUCCUUGAUAAGGGCCAACUUGGCCCAAGUGCUGGAGGAUUAGUCCACUCUGUUUAUGAGCUCUAUGGACAUAUCCUGGCUGGCAAGUUGCUAGGUGUCCUUGGUCGUCUCUUGACUCGAGUCCUGCACGAACGUGCCUGGUCUUGUGGCAUGGACGAUCUCUACUUGACCAAUGAAGGUGACAAUGCGCGUCGACAGGAGCUGAGCAGAGGCAAGGGAAUCGGCCUUGAGGUGUCCGCUGAGUAUGUCACUCUCAAAAAAGAAGGUGUCAAUCAGGAAACACCAGAGCUGCUCGGCAGACUUGAAAAUGUCCUCCGCAAUGAUGACCAGCUCAACGGUCUAGAUCAGCUCUACAAGGCCAAGGUCAAGUCGAUUACGGACAACGUCUCCAAAAGUUGCCUGCCCGCAGGUCUUCGAAAACCCUUUCCCCGAAAUCAGAUGCAAGCCAUGACCAUAUCUGGGGCUAAAGGGUCUAGUGUCAAUGCGAACUUGAUCUCGUGCAAUUUAGGUCAACAGGUUCUAGAAGGUAGACGAGUACCUACCAUGGUCAGCGGAAAGACGUUACCAUCGUUCCGGGCCUUCGAGACCGAUCCGGUUGCUGGUGGGUACGUCUCCGGCCGCUUCUUGACGGGUAUCAAGCCGCAGGAGUACUACUUUCAUGCCAUGUCUGGCAGAGAAGGUCUCAUCGACACUGCGGUCAAGACUGCGAAAUCUGGGUAUCUCCAACGCUGUAUCGUCAAAGGUCUCGAAGGUGCUCGCACAGAAUACGACACAUCAGUUCGUGAAACCUCCAAUGGCAACAUCAUCCAGUUCCUGUAUGGGGAGGAUGGACUGGAAGUUACCAAGCAGAGACACCUGCGGGAAUUCACUUUUCUGGCCGAGAACAAUUCAUCUAUUUCUACGUCGCUGAAAGCUGAAGAAGUUGUUCCGAAGCUAUCCAACCAGGCACUGGCUGAUGAACAGAAAGCAAUUUUGAAAUCCCUUAAGAAGGGCACGCCACGAGACCCUCUUACGGGCAUCUUUGCCCCAGCAAGCAAUCUCGGCAGUACAUCCGAAUCUUUCGCCGAAGCAGUCAACGCCUAUGUGAAGGAGAAUCCCGAUAAGCUGAUCAGAGACAAGAAGACCAACCCGAAUGGUAUUAUCAGCAAGAAGACGUUCCAGUCCAUCAUGGACUUGAAGUAUAUGAAGUCGAUUGUGGACGCUGGUGAUGCCGUUGGGGUCGUUGCGGCACAGUCAGUGGGUGAGCCAUCGACUCAGAUGACGCUUAACACCUUCCAUUUGGCUGGCCACUCAGCAAAGAACGUCACGCUUGGUAUUCCUCGUCUCCGAGAGAUCAUCAUGACCGCCUCGCCCAAUAUAAUGACACCGACAAUGACACUAAAACCGAUUGAAGAACUGACCAACGUCGAGGGUGAGACUUUUGCCAAGAGUAUCAGUCGUCUAUCAUUGGCGCACGUCCUUCGAGAACUCUCACUGACCGAGCGAUCGGGUGGUGGCGCGGGACAUGAACAUGAAAGGAUCUACGACAUCCGCAUGAAAUUGUACGAUCCGAAAGAGUAUGAAGAGGAAUAUGCCAUCAAAAGAGCUGACGUCCAACGCUGUCUUGAGAAGAGGUUCCUUCCCACACUUGACAAGAUGAUCAAAGAUGAGUUCAAGAAGAAAGCCCGGGAAUCGUCUCUUUCGGAAACCACGGCAGCUGUUCCAACCAUUGGUGCUUCCGUCGGCGUCGUUGAAGAGGCUCGACCGACUGGCACAAGGACCGUGGAGCGCGAAGGUGGCGAGGAUGAUAUUGACGAAGACGCUGACCCAGAUGAUGCGAAAGAUGCUGCCGCGAGACGGCGGAGAGAGGACACUUUCGAUGAGCCUGACGAGGACGAAAGAGAUGUUGUAGCCGAGUCAGGAGACGAAGCGGAGGGAAGCGAUGAUGACGAUGAAUCACCAGAUGCUACGCCGGCAAAGAAGCCACGUCCAACCAAGAAAAAGUCUCAAACUCUUCGAGAGCAGAAUCCCGACGAAAGCGAGACAACCGAGGCGGAAGAUUCCGAGGAAGAGGCCCGGCAAAACCAGCUCAAGGCCAGCUUGCCUCAUCUCAAGCGGUUCAGCUUCGCGAAAAGUGAAGGCAAAGCCUGUCGGAUCGUGCUGACUUACGAUACUAAUACGCCCAAGCUUCUUCUCCUUCCUCUGCUUGAAAAAUGUGCGCAUGCUGCCGUCAUUCAGUCAAUCCCGGGUCUUGGCGUGUGUACACAAUUCAUGGAAGAAGUCCACGGUUCGGAUGGCAGACCUCUCAGGCAAGUCGACAAGGACACGGGCAAGGAAGAAACAGUCAAAGAACCUGUCAUCACGACUGAAGGUGUGAACCUCCUCGCCAUGCGAGAUUAUCAGGAUCAGAUCAAGCCGCACUCGGUGUACACGAACUCGGUGCAUGACAUGCUCAAACUGUAUGGCGUCGAAGCUGCGCGGAUGACUAUCGUUAAGGAAAUCGACGGCGUCUUCAAGGGUCACGGCAUCACGGUGGACUUACGACAUCUGAACCUGAUCGCCGACGCCAUGACACAAUCUGGCGGAUAUCAGCCCUUCAGCCGCCAUGGUCUGAUCAAAGAGGGAGGUAGUGUCCUUGCGAAGAUGAGCUUCGAGACUGUGAUGGGUUUCUUGAAAGAUGCUGUGCUCUAUGGGGAAAGUGAUCCACUACUUGGACCCAGUGCAAGAAUCGUUGCUGGACGGAAAGGCAAUAUUGGGACUGGGUCGUUUGACGUGGUGAUGCCGGUGCAUUAGUGUGUUGAUAUUGGACGGAAGACUAUGAUUGGCAUGGGUGUCCGGCGAAUGGUAGUUCUUCAUGUGAUGCAUAUAAGUACAUGUUCGAUCGGACAGUGAUGUGUAGAGCGAUUUGUAGAUUGGAAUGUGGAAUGCAGAGACGGCUCGCCUACAAGCUUUCUGAUCAUUCCC